AUAGUGUGGCACAAUAUCUCACUAUGGAUAGUUACAGAUGCUUUCAGUGUCUUGAUUUAAUUAGGGGGGAUAUUUCUUGCCUAUUCCAUCAUUUAAAAUACACACAUACAACAACCAGGGGAAAAAAUGUAAGUAUAACAUGCAUGCAAGGGGCAUGUAGACUAACAUUUCGUACAUUAUCAGGAUAUAGAAAACAUCUCAUUUCAAAGCACGCUGCACGGAUAAAGACGUCAAGCACAACUACAAAAGCAGUUCCAGAUCACCAAAGUGAAACCUGUUAUGAAGGAUCUGUUCUACAUGUAGGAAAGAAUAACAACACUGAAGGGAAUUUGGAACAACUGCACCAGGAAAAGGCAUUGUUUGUUGGAGAAAGCAGUGAGCAGGAAGAUGUCUCUUUUGAAACGCAAACAGAGAGACUACCUGAUAUUGCAGCAAAGUUUGUAGCAGAACUCAGGGCAAGGACUAAUGUGCCUGCUUCACACACCAACAAGGUCAUUCAAACCGCACAAGAUUUGGUUAUUUCUGUGUUACAAACUGUGCAACAGGAUGUGAUGGAUAUCUUAAGUGAGCCACAAUAUGCAGCUAACAGUGAGCUGAGAUCUGAUAUACAAGAUGUAUUCGAGAAUUCAAAGAAUCCAUUUUCAGAGCUCAUGUCAGAUACUCAACAGAAAAAAUAUUUCUCUGAGAAAGGUGAUUUCAUUCAGCCUUGUGAGGUGUUGUUGGGAACUUGCUUAAAACCAAAAAUUGAUCAAAAGACAGGUGAUCCACUGCAAAGCACACAAAAAGAAACCUUUCAAUAUAUACCACUAGCUGACACUAUUAAACAAUACUUAGAGCGACCAGGAGUAAUGAACGCCAUACUGUCUCAAAAAGGAUCAAAAGAUAAUGAUGUUUUGUAUUCAUUCAAAGAUGGUCACUAUUAUAAAAGGCAGGAAGCUACUGCUAGACAAGACUGUGAAUUCUUAGUGCCUCUGUUGUUGUACAAUGAUGAGUUUGAGACAGCCAAUCCGCUUGGGUCAAAACGCGGCAAACACAAGGUAAGUGCCUUUUAUACAAGUGUGUUAUCCCUUCCCAGGAAAUACCAGGCUAGGCUGGAAAAUAUCAUGCUCACAGCUAUGAUCACAUCUCCGCUUUUGAGUAAAUAUGGCAUCUCAGAAGUUUUGAAGGUAAUCAAGGAUGAUCUGCAGCAGAUGUGGACUGAUGGACUCACUAUCAAGUGCAAAGAGUUUGAGGGUAGGGUCAAACCCUACUUAUUCCAAGUUGUAGGGGACAAUCUUGGCAUUCAUGCCAUGCUGGGAUGUACAACCUGUUUCCGUGCCAACUAUUACUGUAGAUUCUGUAGAGGGCAUCGCUCGUUGCUUCAGAAACAGCCAAAAGAGGAUGCCCAAUAUCUCCGUGAUGAAAUAAACUAUGAUACAGAUCUUCAAAAGCCCUUGUCAGAAUCUGGCUUGAAGCAUGCAACAGUUUUGAAUGAAUUGCCUUACUACCAUUCCACCCAAAACUUAUGUCCAGAUGUAAUGCAUGAUUUUACAGAGGGAGUCUUGCCCCUGGAAAUGCACCUUGUUUUGAGUAAACUUGUUCAGAAGGGUUUCAUAACACUGGAUGAGGUGAACAGUAGAAUAUCCUCAUUCAAUUUUGGCUUUGUGGACCGCAAAAACAGACCAAGCCCAAUCAGGCAGGCAUCACUGAAGAAUCCAUAUUCUGCCAGUGGACAGACAUCAGCACAGAUGACGUGCCUUGCAUACAACAUCCCUCUCAUGAUAGGAGACAAGAUUGAUGAGAUGUGUGAUGAGUGGGAACUCUUACUGUCAAUCAUUGACAUCUUCAAAAUCAUUAUGAGUCCCAGUAUCAGUAAGUCUGCCAUCUAUGUCCUGAAGGCAAUGAUUGAUGAUCACCACAGGCUCUUCAUGCAGCUCUUCCCUGAAGCUAGUCUAACUCCGAAGCAGCACUUUCUUGUGCAUUACCCACGUGCACUGAAACACCUUGGGCCACUGACCCAGUAUUCAGCAUUGCGUUUUGAAGCAAUGCACAGACCUUUCAAGCAGAUUGCCAGUGUAUCUUGCAACUACCAAAACAUUGUCAAAACAUUGGCUAACAGAUACCAAAUGGCACGGUGCUACAGGUCAGUAUCAAAUCAGUCACUGGAUAGCCAAGAUAUCAAUGUGUCACAGCAAGCUGCAGCAAUGCUUGGUGAUCUACUUGAUGAUGAGGCACUUUGCAAAAAAAUUAACUGUGGAAGGGGAACCGAAGUUACAGUUGCUGGGAAAGUGGACAUUCAUGGAUAUGAGUUCCGGGCAGGUGUUGAUGUACUUCUAUAUUGGACUGAUGAUGAUGGACCCACGUUUGGACGUGUUCAGCAUAUUGUAGUGGUGCAAGAAAAGUUGUAUCUGCUCCUUCGGCUGUAUCAGACCUUGUACUUCAACAGACAUGUUGAAGCAUUUGCAGUACAGGUGGGCAGAGAGGAAGCACAAGCUGCUGUUGAAUGGUGUGACCUGUUUGAUCACAGGCCAGUCAAUGCUGUCCAGUCCUAUAGUGGAAGAGGGCGCUGCUUGUAUAUUGUGGUGCACCAUUCAUUCAUCUAGGAACAAGAAGUAUCAUGCUGCAAAUCAACAAAGCAUGGAACAAGCAUCAACGUCGACAAGAAGCCCAUCAGUGUUCUCCUUAGAUGACUGCUCAGAUCUCUCUUGUGUAACAGGAAGUGAGUGGAGUCCCAGACAAAGCCCUUCCCAGCCCAGUUUGGAUACGCCACUUUACGACUCCCCAGAAUCCAAGAGUCCUGAUCAACAUCCUCCCCUGAAACGGGUCAAGAAAGUGCAUUUCAACAUUGCUUGUAUAUUGAGAGAGACCACCAUGGGAAGAGCAGCAUUAAGGAACAUCAAUGCUACAAAUCUCUGCAGCAAAAGGGACCGGCAUACUGUUGUGGAUAUGUUGACUCAGUACCUGAUACGGGAGUAUGGUACCAAGCCAAGCUCAUUUGUGAAGGCAUCAAUGGCCCAUGCCCUUGUGACAAGCUUUCCUUUCUUAAAAGAUCCAGAAUCUCCACUUGGCUAUGAGGCCUGGUACUGCGUGGGGGCCAAGGGACGGCCAGCAACAGGCUACCUGGAGGAGCAUCUGAGGUAUGUCAGAAAAAAGGAGAAGUCCCUGAGGGUACCAGUAGCUGAAGACGAGGCAGAGUCUCAAAAGCAAGGAGAUACUGAUCUUGAGUCUGUGAACGAUGAUAACAUCACGACAAUGGAAGAAUGGCUGCGUAACAACAAGGAGCCAGAGGACAUGGUGAAGGACUACAUGAAACAAACAGCAACAAAAAGACAUGACUGGAUCAAGAGAAGUGACUGUUGUGUGAAGAACAUUCUUACCACAUAUCCCAGACUUCUCGAUGCUGGAAUGAUUGAAGGAGAUUUUGCAGAAUUGUUCCCAGAGAAAGCAAACGCACUGUACCAGAAGUGGCCCACAUUCUGUAACAAAGUAGUGGACUUCACCGAGAAAACUGGCAACUGGAGAAGUGCAAGAGCCGAAUUCGAAAACAUUCAUGACCCUGGGAAACUCAGUCUUGAGGAAAAGAGCAAUCUUGGAUUCUACAUGCUCCCAGUCUUGUUCCGAGGAAGGAAAGAUUCCAAGAGAGGAACGUACACCACUGCAGAAACAUUGUCGUCCUUCAUUGACGUUCAACCAGAGGUUCUCGACAUCCAGACUUAUGUUGAUAACAUUGAUGAAGCAGUCAGGUCACAGCCAUUUGUUGUUGUGCGUGGGAACAUUCUCACACCAAUACAGGCGUACGUCGUAGUAGAGAGGAGGAUACUUCCUGCCGCAACACUGCUUAAAGCAGUCGACUUGUGCUUUAAGGCACUUUAUGUGAUGGAUAUCGAAUAUCAGCCGCAAAGCUGUUCUGUUUGGAAAUUUCUCCAGAUUGUGGUGUUCCAGUUUACCGAUGGGGAGCAUCUUACACCAAAGCUGCGGGAGGUCCGAGCCUUCAUGAACAUGCCAUAAGCCAUCAUGAUGUGUUCACGCCAAGGAUGAUUACUGGUGAUAUAUUUCCUACAGAUGAAACUGACACAUCAUCGUUUAGCACAUUUUGGCUACUUGAACCAGUUUAUUUUGGGAGAAAAAAAACUGGAAAAAAGUAUUAUUUUGGACAAAAUAACCUUAAAGACA